CAAACUCAAUACAUCGAGUUGGUUAUGCAUAGAUAACGUUUCUAUUUUACUUGACAGAUAAGUAGGAAUUUCAAGUGUUUUAUUUGACACUCUUCAUAGAUAGACCGGAUUAUUAACAGUUCAAGCUGGAAUUCUUAUAAUAAAUUGGUCAGCAAAAUGGAAGAUAUUGCAGCUCUUCGUGAAUUGGGGCGAGCAAUAGAAACGUUGAGGGAUCUACCGUCACCACCAAAGGAACUGAAAGUAGUUGAAGCUUUUCGAAACCAACAACGACAGGUCUUUAAUGACGCAGCAAAAGUCCUAGAAAACGUCGGAAAAUAUGCAGAAUCGAUCUUGCUAAAGAUAGAUGAGCUGAAGAAAACGAUUUCCCACCAGAUUAAAGUCCUUCAACAAGCCAUCGAAGACGUAAUUAAGUCAAUUAAAGAUCAAUAUCCCUCAUUUCCAAUCCGUGAUGAUCCGAGAAUGUUGGUAGAGUAUGCACUUGAUAAGAAAACAAUUGAUCAAAUGAAAACACUGCGGGCUUUGGAAGAAGCGGCUAAAGACAUUUUGCUUGAUCGUCUCAACGAAUUGAUACAGAACACCGAAGAUAAGAUAAACAAAUUAAACAAAAGCAUAAUCCUAACACAAAAUGACUUUGAUGAUUUAAAAGGGUGCCUUGACAGUUGGAAAAAUGCAAAGAAAAUGAGUCACGCGGCAGAACUAGAACAAAAGCGAAUUGACGAUGAAAAUAGGAAAAAGGCGGCAGAAGAGAAAAGAAAGCAAUUAGAAGCAGACAGGCAAAAGAGAGAGGAAGAACGAAAACAACGCGAAGAAGAGAUUAAAAAGCAACAUGAAGAAGAAGAACGAAAAGCAACAGCAGAAAGAGAAAGAAUACAAUUUGAAAAGGAGUCACAAAGGAAACGACUUGAAGAGGAAAAGCGUAAAGCAGAAGAAGAACGUUUGCGUAGGGAAGAAGAGCAAAAACGCGCUGAGGAAGAGCGAAAAGCAUUAGAACAAAAGCAACGUAUUGAAGAAGAAAUAAGACAGCGAGCGGAAGAAGCGCGAUUGCGACAAGAAGAAUUACAUAGACAAAGGGAAGAGGAAGAAGACAGGAAAAAGAAAGCUGAAGAGGAAAGGAUUCGCAUCAAGAAAGAAAGAGAGAUGAAAAGAGAAGAGGCGAGGCAACUUAGACUGAAAGAAGAGGCGGAACGGGAAAAGAAACGAAAGGAAGAGGAAGAGAGAGCACAGCGGUUGAAUCCGAACAACUGGAAACCAAUAAUAUUUGAGCGACCGUGUGAUGAAGUCGAUGGGAGACGACCGUAUCACGAGGGCCUAUGCUGUAUGGUUGCGUCUCCCUCGGAUGAAAUACAACAAGACAGUGUACAGUGUACAGCGUCUGACGAGAUUGAUGACAUCAUAGAAACUUUAGACGAAGACGAGAGGCCUGCAAGUUCACUUAUUAAAGUUCAAACAACAUCACAUUCGGUUUCAACCGAGUGUCCAUCACGGAUAUAUUUACCGCACAAUCCCGUUUCGAGUGCAUCUGAAGAACUCGUAAUCAAAUACUCCAUCAACGGCAGUGACUGGCUAACAUCUGAAGUUAUUAGACCAACACAAUUAAUUGAAGAUAACGAGGAGUUCUCUACAUCAAACCUUAUUGGGGUUGAAGCAAACGAUUUCGACAUGCUGAAGAUCCUAGUUGUAUCGAGACCAAAAAGUCAGAAUGUGAUAAUAGAUAAAGCUGGCCUUACCGUUACUUCGACUACUGACAAAAAUGUGAAACUCUUUACUCCAAGAGAUGCAUUUUCUACAAGAACGAACGUCCGACUAUCUGUAAUAAAUAAAACACUAGAUGCGGACGUAAGUACAGUAGAUUCUGAUCUUAUUUCUCAAGUCAUUUCUCUGGGACCAAUGAUAACUAUUGUAUGUGACAAAGCCCCGACAAAAGACCUUGAAGUCGAUAUUGCCAGGCCAGCAUCUGAGCCUGGGUUCCGUCAGCGAGGCACACGUCAUCAUCUUAUAAUGUCCCGAGGUAAAGUGUGGUCUUUUGCCGAACGAGAAUACAAAGACACCAGCAAUAUUGUCAUUUCAGUGAAACUUCCAGCAAACAGAGAAAGAUAUACGAUUGUGGAGGUAGAGCUCCCUUCUACGUCCCCGAAGGAAAACGCACUGAAGUUAGCCCAAUCCUAUCAUACCCAAAGUCUCAAAACACGUGUACACGUUGUAUUGAGACAACACGCAAAGAAUCCUCAGAAUGCCAAGAUUGUAGUCGUGCAACCAAAUGCCUUGAAUGCGCAACUUCAACGACUAAGCGAUGAUGGUUUUACACUUGGACAAGAUGACUAUAGUAUUCUUAGUUUGAGAGAAGGACAGCGUCUGUAUUUGUCAAGUCGGGGAAAUGUAAAAAUUUCAGAUGUCGACAAUGGGACAGUAUCGUUUACGUUCUAUAAGUACAUGAACGAAAUAAAUAAAAACGUGAAGCUUCAAGCAAAAGAUAUCUACCUGCAAAGGGAUCUUCAAGAGUACAACGGACUCCUUCAGUUUACUGUUGACAACGGCACUGAACAUCCUGAGGAAAAAAUUGAGUUUACAGUCCAUCUACCAAAGGUUGAUGCUCCUAGAGGUCAAAGAGAAGUGCAUAGAAUUCGAUUCCCAUAUUAUUUGACAAGCCUUGCUGGAUAUUUGUCGAAAUGCAUCUGCGACAAACAAACCGAAAUUUGGCGGGACAUUGUUGGUUGUUUUAUCGAUAAAACUCAGCUCCAGUCCUUGGUCCGCGUUGCUAAAGGAAGGGUACUGGAAGUCGAUCAGCGUACGUUGUGUAGAAAUGUUCUCCAUGACUGGAUGAAACAGACCUCGAAACAAGAUGACAAGGUUCAGAUUAUUCUUGAGAGUCUGUACUCCCAUCAUCAUACUGACAUUUAUGAGAAUUGUAAACAGUUCGUUCGGUACCAAAAAGGGACAAUGACGGACAAAGCACUUGCAGCCAUUGCACCGUCUGUUACAAUGUCACCCGACGAAUUGGCGUCUGUUCUUAGCAUUCAACCGGAGAUGUUGCAGGCCAUUAAAGCAGACUACACGGGAGUUGAACUGAUUGUGCAACUAUUGACAGAAUGGAGAGAAUCGGACGAUGCCAUUAAUCUUGGUGAAGAUGCUUUAGAAGAGCUCCAAAAGCUUAUUUUAAAGUAAACACAAUUGCAUUGCGUCUAGUAAAGCACGCAAUAUAAUGCUUGAGAAUGUAAACUUAGAAGACUGGUGUGUGUUUGUAGCAUUAUGUAUAUGACAUUUUGUGGGUUUCGUCUUGAUUUAACAGUUUUCUUAACUUAUUUAGUCUGUUGUUAUAUUCAUUAUUAACAAAUAAAUCUAACAAUUUACAAACGGUUUUUAUUGCGUUAAAUUAUAGAUAAUAGUUUCGAAAUUGUAGAAUAUAUUAAUAAAAUAUUUAUCAAUAUAUUUCGAAUUAACCCAUUUAUGCCUAGCGUCUAGAAAAAAAGGCCUUGGCAAACAGCGUAGACCUAGAUGAGACGCCGCAUAAUGCGGCGCCUCAUCAGGGUCUGCGCUGUUUGCUUAAAGGAAUUUCUGUAAGAAAUAAUCUACAUUUAGAAAAAAAUAUAUAGACAUCCCUAAUUUUGUAAAUAAAUUGAACCAAUUGAGAAAGAUGGGAGAGUCCACUGGGCAUAAAUGCGUUAAUUUAUUGUGUUAUUGUGCACAUUUUACUAAAUGUGUAUGGUACAUUGUUAUUAACUUUUAUGAACAUAAUAGCUGAAAUAAAAAGUUAUUUAAUUUAAAUAUCUCCUUGCUGCAAAUGCCUGCUUAAACCCAAUGUUUAUGUCUCAAGAUAUGUAAUAAGUCAGUGCAUUACUCUGUAAUUUUGUUUUUCAUUAUAAUAUUUCUUUAAUGAUGCUUUACAGUAUGAAACACAAAUUUUGUAUAUGUGACUUUUUCCCAUUUGAAAUCAAAUUAUGCUGAUAAGUAUUGUAGUAUUGUGUAUAUUGUAGUUGUUUUAAUAUACUUAAAGGUGAAAUACUUGAUGUGUUUUGUGUAAUUGUACGAAAUGAUUAAUUAAUGAAUCUGUAAUUUAGAUUCAUUUGAAAACGACACAGGUACAUAACGCAUGCACAAUGUACAACAUUAUACACAAUGGUAAUUAAUGAUAAUUAAUAUAAAUUCUGAUCUUAGAAUGUUGGUCACAAUCAAGGUAAUUGAGAAAGUUACGUUAUUUACAUUUUCAGAAGUCUCUCUAUCGAAAAUAUAAGAACUUUUUUUUCAUUAUGUUUCUAUUUAAGAUGAAAGCGGCGAAUUAAAGAUAACCCAUUUAAAUAUUAAAGGCAUCUCAUUAUAAAUGAUAUUGUAAAUAACUUAAUAAAACUAUAUUGAAAUCAACUUUCAAUUGUCCAAUACAUGAAUAACUAUUUAAUCAAAAUAAUAAAAGUAAAAACUUUUAAAAUAUUUAAGUUUUCAAUCAAAAUAAUGUGACAUAAAUAAUAUUGGUUACCGUGGAAACAUAAUGAAAAACUCAGAAUAACUUCUAUUCUGAGUAAACAAGGAACAUUUACGGAUUUUUAUUAUUAGAACUCAUAACAGACGUACGCAAAAAAUGUGACGCAUAUCUGUGAUAUAUACACAUUUGAAUCGUUACUUUUAAAGCGAUUAAAGUCCCAUAGUCUACUUGUGCUAACUAAAUGUUACUACCUGAUCCUAGUAAGUCAACUGCAAUUCACAAAACAUGUCUCAAACAUGUACCAAUUUAUUUCUAACUUUGCAUCUUAAUUUUGAAAACAUAAACAGUAAUUGUUACAAUUUGUCUGAAUGUUUUGCAAUGCAACCAAUGUACUCAAUCAUUAAAUGUUCACAAUAACUGAAACAUAAAUAUCUGUCUGGUUUAUAUUUACCGAAAAUGAGAAUGAUUGUAUUGAAUAAAACAUAAUAUAACUAA